AUGGAGCCUUACAUCGAAAACGCCAUGAUACGGGUUUUGUCGCAAGAGAUGAUCCAAUUGCUAUCUGAAGGUACUACCGCUAACGACUGGGAUUCGUUCUUGAAAGGCGGUAUAUGGGAAGGGGCGUCUAUGGCAAUGCAGACUAAUUCUCUGAAGGCCAUAUCUGAAAGGUGUGCGCGGUCUGACGCUCUGGCGCGAGUCGUCUCUUUCGUCGGCAUGAUCAGUAUGAUACAUUUCUCAGCUAAGGUAAAAAGCGAGGACCUUAGCAUUCGAAACAAGAAACAAAUGACUGCAAAGACAAUCAUCCAUCAGCAUGACUUAAAUAUGAGCAAGACCAAGUUCAAACGUUGGCUCAAGCUCGGCCAUGCAUACGCCCGUCUUGCUGGUGCUGGAACUAUAUAUUUUCUUAUCUUUAUCGCCUCAGCAGAUGUGAAGAAAUACUUUGAUGAUAUGCAUGUCACUUCCAUAGACAAGCUUGCAAACAUCAUCCUCAAUCCGACGACACAUUCUCCCAUUGGCUGUCUGAUACUUUCAGUUCUUAUCCCUGCUGUUCAACAUUUCCAAUCACGCUGGCCUAUCGGCAGCUCAGCUAUGUUUAAUCAAGAACUAUUGCAGGAGCUUAGGCUACCGUUGUAUAUAAACCUUUCUAACAUUCUUCAAUCUGACACAUUUUUCUCGCAUCUCCAGAAAGACUCCAUGGUUUAUUCUCGAGACAUGGACAAAUGGGCUUGCUGUCUCCAAACCCCUCCCUCUUCGGAAAAUCUCUUCUCUCUUUCUGACCUCUCUUACUCAGUCAUGUACAAGACAUUUGAUCCUCAAGAACGUCCUCCUUCUCCAUGCACUGAUAUUGAGGAGGAUGAUGAUGACGACAAUGACGAUGAGAUUCUGAACCAUCCUCAGAUUGAUCAACUUAGACAUUUGUUGAACAAAUCGUCUCUCAAUGACUUGGACAGUGUUUAUGUGAUUAACACCUCAUUUGAUCCAGAUCUAUCUGCCAAUUGCAAGUUCCGAGGCCCAAGAAAGGAUUGCAUGGCCAAUUACAGGUUCACUGAGGAGCUCAGGUCCCAAGCCGGCAGCCACGCUCGGGCAACAAGCAUAGCCGAUUUGGAGACAAAGCUGGUGUGCCUUCUGUCAACUGGGCGCAAGCUGAAUGUCGAGUCCAUGAUAUCUUUUGAUCUGGUUAUCCUUGAUGUCGGAAUAGAACCGAGUAGUGCAGCACCUCCAGGAUCAGCAGACCCCAAAACUCCCACCAGUGCUGAAGCUGCAGCAUUGAAGAAGUGGAAAGCCGGUGAUGCGAAGGCGAGAUGCCGAAUCGAACUCGCGAUCAGCGAUUCCGAAAUGGUUCACGUUAUGGGAGCCGAAACGGCACGCCAAAUGUGGGAACAACUUACCACGGUCAAGGAAUCCAAGGGCCGACUCGGAGUGUUGGCCACCCGCCGAACACUAUAUCGGGCGACGGCGGAGGAAGGAUUUGAUAUGGCAGAGCAUAUCGCGAAGCUACGCCAGUUGCAGGAGGAACUGCACACAAUGGGUAGCAAGAUCUCGGAUGAGGAUUUCGUCAUGAUCCUUAUCACAUCCCUUCCCGAGUCGUGGGAUAAUUACACUUCAUCUUAUCUCGGAUCUAGUGGCAAUAAGCCGGAGCUCAAAUCUCAAGAGCUCGUAGCAAUUUUAUUGGAAGAAUCCCGACGACGGAAGGAGCGAGAAGUUGGAGGAAUGUCACUCCAGGCCAAAGGAAAGGCCAGACCCAACAUUGAAUGCCAUAAUUGCCACAAGAUGGGGCAUUAUGCAAAGGACUGUUGGGCAAAAGGGGGAGGACGCGAAGGAAAAGGUCCGAAGACUCGAAAGGGUCCGAACCGGGCCGGCCGGACGAAUCAAGCCAAAGAAAAGGUCAACGACGACCUUAACGAGGUUUCGUACAUGGCUAUCUCCAAUGCCAGUACAAAAGAAAUCUCAAAAUAUGAUUCGGGCACAACUCCAGGGCACAACAUCUCACAUUGA